AGGGUUCGUCCGAAGUAUUGGAACUAGCCGAGCCAUAACUGUUGCUCUGAAGGAAGUAGCUCGAGAGCAGAUUACGGUUUUUCGUGAUGGCUCUUGCAUUUUGGGUGACGGGAGCGCUGUAUCUGCUUACCGUAGCGACGCGAGCUCGAGCUGCUACAGAGUGCUCCUCACUGAGCAACACAACAUGUGAACGCUGCCUGAAAAAUGUCACGUGUCUUUGGUGUAACACCGACAGUAAAUGCGUUGACUAUCCAGUCAAAAACAUACUGCCUCCGUCCUCUCUGUGCAAGCUGAGUGAUGCCCGUUGGGGAGUUUGCUGGGUGAAUUUUGAAGCUCUCAUCAUCACAAUGUCUGUGGUUGGAGGAGCUAUUAUCCUCUCAGUGGUCGUCUGCUGUUGCUGUUGUUGCAGGAAAAAGAAGAGUAGGAGCAGUGCCGUGGACAAUGAAAAGGCAACAAGAGAAAAUGAAGAGAGACGGGCACGCCAGGAAGAAAGAAGGGCACAAAUGAAGACAAGACAUGACGAAAUAAGGAAAAAAUAUGGUUUGUUUAAAGAAGAAAACCCUUAUACCAAGUUUGACAGCUAAAUCAUUGGAAAUAUGUACUGGUUCUUUUAAUAAGAGAUGAACGUUUCAGCCCUGCAGUGAAGCAAGCAAAAUACAUUCAACUUUUCAGUAGACAUCCACAGGACACUCUUCUUCAAGCUGGCCCAAAGACAACUAUCCAACAGUGCAUGUGCAUAGGAACUCAUAACACGGGCACAAGUGGCCUUUUCAUUAGUGCAGAUACUUCUACAAAUGAAUGAGCCACCUGUACCCUUGUGUUUAACCCUGCACUGCAGAAAUGGGCCAGCACACUAGCUUUGUGCUUUAACCACCCUAAUUAAGGCCUCUGCAGUACUUACUCCAUUGUCUUCCCCGGAUAAUUCACUACAUCGAUACAAACAAAAUGAGCAAAUAGACAAAUUUACUUUUGUUGCUAACUUUCAUUGGAGGGAAAUGCAGAGCUUGAUUCCAUCAAGUGAUACAACAAAAAUAAGAGAUGUAGAGCUAUCACAACCUUUAAUUACCAAGUACAGUGAGAAACUGAGUACUCUUUAGAAAACACUGGUUUAGAAUGCAUACAAAAAAGUAUGUGGAUACUGUUAAAAUGUUUAGAAUUGAUACAUUUUAUGCCAACAUAAAACAGCAGACAGCUGUUUCUGGACACACAGUGCAAAAUCCACUUUUAAGGUAGCAAAGGAAUUCAAAAUCUGUUAACCCUAGUUACUAGUAACAAGCCACCUAAACAUGUUCCUCAAAAAACCAAAAUAUCUAAAAAAGCAUUGUCCACACAAGAUUAUCCACGUAGCAGAGCCUGUUCAGGAAUCAUGAAUUUAGUAAGAUGUUGACUAGUCAGCUUGAGAUAGCCUAACUGCUUUUAAAAUGUUACUCUUGUUUCCUCCAUAGUUAAGACAGGAUGUGAGAGCUACGCUGGAGAUAAUUUAGAAAGCUUUACUAUCACUUAAUGUGUUCAGCAAUGAAAAAGUGCCUUGACAUUGUGUAUAGGUGUAAAAUACAUCCACUUUCUAGUUGGCCAAUACAUGCAUAGGUCUGCCCAUCAAUAAGAAAA